AUGUACAACGAAUGUGGAGAUUUGACGCUGUCAAAAUAUCUUAGUGGUGAUCAGUUACUAUUCAUAAGCUGGGGGUGGAUAUCAUUUAUUGAUUACCAGGUACAAUCUUUUGGCUCUAGAAGCACUGCCCCGACCGAGGAGGACUUGAGAAGCGUUGUAAGUAGAAGGGAAAGAAAGGCUCGAGAAUGGUCAAGCAAGGUACUGGGUAAUAAGGUUACUCAAUCGGAAAAGAUUCUGUUUUUGGAUUUGUCCCCGUUUCAGAACCAACCAUCAAACCAAAGAGGCUUCAUCGAUCCAGCGGGACUCACUUACCAACAAGUUGAAGAAUCUAGCUCUCCAUGCAAAAAUACUGAUAGGGCUGUACGGAGUGGUCCAGCAGCAACAGGGCUACGUAACAUUUUCGCGUCACUCUUGGCAACUCGACAAUUCAGUGGAGAGAGCUACGCAAGUCGGAAGGAAUUAUGA